CCAUGGGGGAUUUGGUAAGUAAGAUUGGCUUCUCGUGCAGGAAGAAGAAGCUCCUCGGUAGAGACCCUAAACGAACAAUCGUCAGACUCGUAAGAGUGACGAAUUUCACGGAAGCAGAGGUGAAGAAAUGGAUGAUAGAGUUUGAGAAGGAUUGUCCGGACGGUUUUCUGCGGGAGGACGAGUUCGUGGCGCACUACAGCGGCUUCUUCUCGGCGGGGAACCAGCGGCGGAAGGAGGCGCUAGCCAGGCAGAUCUUCCGCACAUUCGACAAAGAUGCCAGCGGGUGUGUGGACUUCUGGGAGUUUAUGUGCGGGAUGAGCGCCCUGCUGCGCGGUACCACGGUGGAGAAGUUGAAAUGGGCCUUCAGUAUGUACGACCUGGAUGGGAACGGCUACAUCUGCACCACUGAGCUUCUCAAUGUUCUAAAGCUGAUGCACGAGCUACAUUACCCGAGUGCUACAGAGGAAGAGCUGGAAAAGGCGCAGGUCCCAUUGGAAAAGGUGCGGGACCGUGUGUUCAGAGAGCUGGACCGGGACGGGGACGGGCGGCUGGAGCUGCGGGAGUUUGUGGAAGGCGUGAGGAAGAACCCCGCCUUACUCAAGAUGGUAGAGGAGGGCGGCGACGAGCACUGCACGGUGGAGAGACUGAAAUAGAAUAUUGUUAUACGCGUUGCCAAAUUCAAACAAGGCUGUGCUACCUUUUGUGCUAUCGUUACUCCCUUGGCUGCUGCCUUCUUAGCUUUAUUCCGCUCCCCAAAAUCAGCUACCCCGUGGGUAAGGAAAUUUUUUUGGAUGGAAGGCGUUCAGCACCAAGGACAGUGAACGUAUAACUAUUGCGGAUUUUGGGGAGCGGACUAAAUCAAACAAGGCUGGGCUCUAGACUAUUCUCGGUAUUCUGCAUUUAGUC